AUGAGCAAGCAAGCCUACAACGUCGUCGUUCUUCCCGGUGACGGAAUCGGACCCGAGGUGGUCGAACAAGCGACGCGUGUUCUCGAAUUGAUCUCGUCCAAGAGCACCACGUUUUCGAUCAAGCUCAAGUCGUACGAUUUUGGUGGAUGCGCUAUUGACUCAACUGGCAAACCCCUGCCUGAUGACACGCUCGCCGCAUGCAAGGAAGCCGAUGCCAUCCUUAUGGGUUCGGUGGGAGGACCCAAGUGGGGCGUGGGCAAAGUGCGACCUGAACAGGGACUGCUUGCUUUGCGCAAGGAGCUGGACCUGUAUGCCAACAUCCGACCGUGCUUGUUUCCGUCCGAGUCGCUGCUCUCGCACUCUCCGUUGAAGCCGGAAGUGGCCAAGGGUGUAUCGUUCAUUGUCGUUCGUGAGCUCGUCAAAGGCCUCUACUUUGGUGAGCGCCAGGAAGCCAACCUGGACGACCCCAACUCGGACGGUGCUGCCUUCGACACCAUGGUGUACAACAAACACGAUGUUGAACGCAUCACCAAGCUUGCCUCGCACCUCGCUUUGCAAUCGAACCCGCCUGCUCCGCUCCACUCGAUCGACAAGGCCAACGUUCUUGCCACCUCGCGUCUCUGGCGUAAAGUGGUUCAGGACACGGUCGACUCUGAAUUUGCUUCGCAGGGUAUUACAGUUGACCACCAGCUGGUCGACUCAGCCAGUAUGGUGAUGGUAUCCAACCCACGCAAGCUCAACGGUGUUGUGUUGACCGAAAACAUGUUUGGUGACAUUCUUUCCGACGAAUCGUCUGUGAUCCCCGGUGCGCUCGGUUUGCUUCCCUCGGCUUCGCUCUCGGGUCUGCCGGAUGGAAACGGCAAGUGCAACGGUCUCUAUGAACCCAUUCACGGCUCGGCUCCCGAUAUCGCUGGCAAAGGCAUCGCCAACCCUGUAGGAACCAUCCUCUCAGCUGCCAUGUUGCUCAGAUACUCGCUCAACCAACCUGACUUGGCAGACAAGGUCGAAGCCGCCGUCAGAAAGGUCCUCGACGCCAAGCAAAUCGGAGGCCUCGAACUCAGAACCGCUGAUCUCGGCGGAAAACACGGCUCCAAGGACGUUGGUGACCAGGUCGUCGCUGUCCUCGAGACCCUGCUUUAG